AUGGCUUCAGCGAACCUGGAUUCAGAGGCGGCUUUCUUGGAUAGAGCUAAGAAGAUUGGCCUCACCGAAGAGACCAUCCAGGGCCUGGUGGACAAUGGUUACACCACGUUCGGGCGCUUGGCUUUCGCUGUGUCGGCGACGCCUACCACCUUGACUGAUGAGGCUGUGGACGCGUGGAUCAACGGUCUUGGCAUCAGUCCCACCGGCUACCAGAAGGCGAGCCUGCGCCGCCUUCUCUUCGAUGGCGUCAGCAUGGCCAUUGAGGAGGUCAAGUCACGGAUCGAGCCCGGGGUGGAAGGACAUCCGAAGAAGUUAGCAGCUGCCGAGCGCAUGGACAGGCAGGCUCGCCAGGAGAGGACUCUGGGCGGCUUGGUCUUCACUCCUGAGACCCGGCCGGCGAACUCAUGCGUGGACCUUUGUGUUGAGAUGCUGGAAUCAGGCGUUUUGCAAUAUCAUCCUCCUAGCAAGUGGAUCAGCCGAGCUCAGGAAGCCCAGUGCCUCAAGCGCGACAGUAGCGUCAAUCUUGCAGCUGAUCAUAGCUUGAAGGUGACUAUGAAGCCACAUGAGCUCGCGUGCGACGUGGCUUCAGAGAUGCGCCUUCGGCAAGCUUGGAGCAGAAGGUCGCUGGCUUUCGACAUGGCUAAUCUCGCUUCUUUUCGUGUGCUGGAGGAGCAUGUUCAGUUCCUGUUCUCAGUUUUGCAGCGAGUUCAGCCAAAGGGAUUUGCAGGAGUUCAGUUGUCACAGAUCAUUGAGGCCGACAAGCAGCUGUUCAUUCUUGCAAGUAAUAACUUGAUGGGCAGGUUGACAGCACCUGCGGGCACAGAUCCAGUUCUUGAUGCCGAGAUCACCCGCCUUUCACGUAGUCCCGAGAUCAUGCAAUACUUGGCCCCCUUGCCGAAUCCUCCGCCACACCAGUUCCUGCAUGGGGGCAAGCCAGGGGACAAGGGAGGAAAGGGCGCUGGCAAGGAGAAAAAGGGGAAAGGCGCUGGCAAAACGCUUGAUCUUCCCGAGGGGUGUGUAACAAAGGACGAUGCCAACCGUCCGCUGUGCUUUGCGUACAACACGCAUGGGUGCAAGAACAAGUGCAAGAACGGCAGGUGCCUCAAAGGGGUGAAUUGUGGCGCACUGGAAACUGGGGAUCUGUCCUUAGUGGAUCCUGAGGUUUGGGCACAAACGCGUUUGAAGAGUGCUGCACAGAUCUCGGAGUCCGACCUUCAGUCGCUCUUUGGUUUGCUUCCGAAGGAUGAGGUGCGAGGAGGUUCGCGUGAGGUGCGUAGUGCUUUCGUGACUGGUUGCUAUGCCCAGGGAGGUUUUCGUGGGUUGCGCAAGGAGUGUCACAAUUUUCCGUUUGCAAGCCGAAUUAUGACCCGCUUCGUCCAGGAGCGUCUUCCCGGUCAUGUGUUCUCCACUUGUGGCUUCUUUUCAAACAGUGCGACCCCUCUUCAUAAGGAUGGGCGCAACGCACCUUGGCCUAAUGCCUUGUUCCGAGUCACAGACUUCAAGGGCGGCGGAUUGUGGAUUGAGGGACCUGGUGACGACGUGCGGGUUUCCGGUCAACUUGAGUUGAGUGGCAGCGUGCAUGAGCUUACUUCCGAGCCGUUAGUUUUUGAUGCAUGGUCAAACUACCAUCAGACUGAGCCUUGGACUGGCAAUAGGCUUGUCUUGGUGACAUGGGUCGUUCAGCAGCUCGGGGACUUGGGUGAAGCAGAGCUGGCUAGGGCGCGGGCCUUAGGAUUCCUGCUGCCACCGGAGCUUCCCAUCCCGCUUGAGACAUCACAAACACUUUCUAGGCCUCCCUGCGCCUUUGAGUUGUUUGCUGGGAAAGGUUCGUUGUCCCGUGCCUUGCGCCAGGCAGGCUUUCACGUGCAUAGCUUUGACCAUCACCAUUGUGACUCCUGUGUGCCUGUAGCUCAACUUGACCUGUCCUCUGAAGUAGGGCAGAGCCUUUUCUGGGAUCUGAUGAAGAAACAUCCUCCGUUCCUCGUGCAUCUUGGUUUGCCGUGUGGGACAAGCAGCAAGGCGCGAGGCAGACCUUUGCCAAAUGGAGAGAAGGGGCCGUCUCCCCUGCGCAGCCGCGAAUUCCCGCUGGGGCUGCCCAGCUUACAGCCUGGCUCUGUGGACUCUUGUCGGGUUGACACUGCCAAUCGGCUCUAUGCUUUCGGCUAUAGAGUGCUGAGAUAUUGUCUGGACAAUUGCAUCAUAGUUUGCAUUGAGAACCCGCGCAAUAGUUUCUUGUGGGAGAUUCUUGCGGCGUUCGAGCCGUCUGAGCCCAGUCAUCGCCUCCUGCCCCGUCUUUCUGAGGUGUGCUUUGAUCAAUGCUGCCAUGGGGGCUCCAGGCCCAAAGGAACCAAGCUGCUGUGCUCCCCCAAGUGCUUUGAGUCGCUCCGUGCAUCCUGCCCGGGAAAUCACCUUCACAAGCCGUGGGGCCGGAUCGUCGACUGCGGGAGUGUGCGUUUUGCAACCAAGGAUGAGGCCGCAUAUCCUUGUAUCCUUGCACAGAGGUAUUCUCUCUGCGUGGCCCAGCGGGCGCUAGCGGCGGGUUUUUCGCUGAUCCCCCAACCCACCGCGCGGAGUCAAGCUUUGCAGUUCGCCGGCAGACAGCACCGCAGACAUGCUCCUCUCGUGUCAGAGUUUUGCCAGGUCACGUGGAUGCCUCGGCAGUCUUUUGCCCCUUUGCCUCACCUGAAGCUUCUGCGCCCUUCGAUAGGGGGUGUUCUGGCGCAGCAGGACCUAGGCAUCCUUCAGGGAGGGACCAUCCCUGGAGCCCCGCUCUCCCCUGGCACCCCUCAGGGAGGGACCAUCCCUGAGGCUCCUGAGGCCCCGGGUUCCCCUAGCACCCUUCAGGGAGGGACCAUCCCUGAAGCCCCCGGUUCCACUAGCACCCUUCAGGGAGGGACCAUCCCUGGAGCCCCGAUUUUGUCAGGCGCUGUUCAGGGAGGGAGCAUCCCGGAGACCUCAGCCUUUGCGUCGCUUGAGCCUGGAACUCCUAGUGGUUCGCCUUUGCAGGAUGGUUGUGAGGAUUGGGUUCAAGUAGGGGUUCUUAGGAGUCCUUCUGAGUUUGUGGAUGAGGCGAAGAAGGUGCCGCACCCAAUGGAUUCUGCCAAUCCUUUGGAGGCUGUGACGCUCGCGGCCUUGAGGGAGAACCUCACCAAGGACCCGAAGCUGGUGGAGUUGAAGCGUCGGCUUGCUCUGGCUAGGGUGAGACGAGAGGUGAACAGACUCCAAGCUGAGGAGAGGGCGCUUCACAAAUCAAUGCCACGCUCGGUGGCUAAGGUCAUGGAGGGCAAGGCCAUCCUUGCCCUUGAGGCUUUGUUGCAGUCGGAGGGAUAUGACGACAUGGGAGCCAUCAAAUUCCUUAAGGAGGGGGUGCCUUUGGUGGGGGUAUCAGAGUGCCCUCCGUGCUUCGACUACAAGCUUGUGCCCGCGGCCUUGACUGAAGCCGAACUCUUCCAGACUGCACAGGUCAGACGGGAGGCGCUUUUGAGCAAGUCCGAGCCGAUUGAUGCUGAGGAGGCAAGAGUCUUGGCGGAGGCAUCUCAAGAGGAGGUGUCGCUCGGUUUCCUUGAGGGGCCGUUUUACAGCAGGGAUGAAGUUUCAUCCCGACUCGAGACAGAGGACUGGACGGUGAUACGCCGCUUCGUCAUUUUCCAGGGUGCUGAGGGCAAAGCACGCCCAAUCGACAACUGCCUCGAGGCCCAGCUGAACUCGGGGUACACAUCGAGCAUCCACUUGCGUUUGCAAGACGGUGACUACCUGGCCGCCAUGGCCCUGUUCGUGGCCCGCGAGAUCCACGAGGGCAGGGCGCACCCCGAGGCGAAGGAGUGGCACGGCAAGUGCCUUGACUUGAGCAAAGCGUAUAAACAGCUUGCAGUUCUGCCAGCCCACCGGCCUCUGGCAGUCAUAGCAGUGCGGCAAGAGGAUGGGCGCGACGCCCUGUACCUAUCAAACAGCUUGCUUUUUGGCAGCACCGCAGCAGUGUAUGCCUUUAACCGGGUGAGCCGUUGCUUGUGGUUCUUGAUCAAUCGACUGCUCUGGAUUCCUUCCGGGGUGUACUUCGACGACUACCCCCUGCUGUGUCCAGCGGCCACGGCCGACAGUGCUGACUCGGUUGUGAGCGACUUCUUGGAUUGCCUGGGGUGGCGUCACGCCAAGACGGGUGUGAAGGGUCGUGCUUUUGCUCCAAGCUUUGACGUCUUGGGGAUGACCUUGGGCCUAGACAGGGUAGCCCAAGGAGAGGUGAGCCUUGCCAACAAGCAGGGUCGCAUCGAGCGCAUUGUGGCCCAGCUUCGGGAGGUUGGUUCUAGGGGUGAGAUUAGCAGGCAGCUUGCCCAGGUCCUGCAGGGUUUGUUGCAAUACGCUUCGGGCUUCUACGCUGGCAGGGCUUUGAAACACGCCUCACAUGUGCUCUCACGCAUAGUGGGUGGCUUACACUUCAGCCCCCUUGACCUCCGAGAUUUUUGCCAUCACACCAUCCGCCUUUUGCAGGACGAGACCCCGCGCAUUUUGAAGUGCUUCAUGACAACCGAUGUCCUUCACCUUUGGACGGAUGGCUCCUGGGAGGCAGGGGUGGCGGGAGUUGGACUUGCUGCUCACGACUGCUUCUCCGGGACCGGUUGGGUCUAUGAGGGCCGUGUCCCGUCAAGGGUGCUUGAGCUGUGGAAGUCGGAGAUCGGCGGGGAUCAGCUGAUUUGCGAAAUCGAAAUGUUCGCGAUUCUUGCAUCCAUGAUGGAAUUGAGUUCCAUCCUGGAGUCCCGAAGAGUAGUGUGGUGGGUGGACAACAACGCCACCCGCAGCCUCGUGAUAAAAGGGGCCAGCAGAAGCUGGGCCAUGCAUUCUCUUGCCCGAAUCUUCUCUCAGUUGGACCAGGAGCAUCCAUCCAUGUGGUGGGUAUCACGAGUGCCUUCCUUUUCGAACCCAGGUGAUGCGCCAUCGCGAGGUCACGGCAUUGAGGUCGUGACGAUGGUGGGAGCAUCCGAAGUCCAACCCUUCUCCCGCUUGGAAGAGCUGGCGAAGAGGAUCCUCGAGCUCAAGCGAGCCUGA